CUGCAGGAGGCUAUUCUAGAUCCUGAUGACUUAUCUUUGGCCAUUUAUCGAGAUCUGUUACGCUUGAGGGCGGAAUUGAGAGAAAAACUCGCUGAAUACAUAGACAAAUUCUCCUAUCAAGUCCUCUGCAACAUCGAUAGAGACAUGAAUUUGGAUGGAUCCACUAUUGCCACACACGUUUACGAGUCUGAAGUAUUUAAAUCUCAACUAUGGACGCAACGCGACAUUCCUCAGCCUCAAUUGAGUGCUAAAGAACGUGCCAGAGAAGAGACAAAACACACCGAAGUGGAGUUCACUCUUCUGGACACCACACUCAUUCUUCCACCCACUGUAAAGUGCUUCCGGGCGGCAUUGCGCGGUCUCUGGCUCAACUACGAUCACUACUCAGAUUCAUGCCACAGCUUCUUCAUGCCACUGCCUAUAACUCGAGUGCUUAAUCUGAGGCAGAGCACGAAAAUCGAGUGGCGGAAACGCAAAGAGUUGCUGGAGAAAGCACUGGCAGAGAAAAAGGCUCAAAGUGAGGCUGCCCUGUUUGACACAAUGGAAACUCCUAGUGCUCCUACGGUGAUCGACGUAGACAAGUUGUAUGCCAACUACGAGACUGAGCAGAAUAAAUUGGAGAAGCGACGGAAGGGACCGGAAGGACUGAAGCUAAUCUCCAUGGAUGUGAAUCUGCGCAGUCACAGAAUCGUCGGUGGAAUUUACUGCAUUGAUUACUUGGAUCAACCGAAGCAGGAUGUGAAGAUUGGUUCAAAAUCCUUCCUUACAACGCUCUUGCAUCCUAACAAGCUGAAGAGGAAGCACUUCUACCAAUCCUACAAACCUCCACCGCCGCCGCUGCCUGGAGUUCGUCGAUUGCCUGAAGAAAUUGAGGCGGAGAUCAAGUUGAUGGAGCAAAAUCUGGACAAACUCGCUCUGAUCACAGUGAAACUCCCUGAGAAUGUUCUCUGGUUUGAACCACCAAUUGUCUGUCGCUGGGAGUGUCCAGCCGAUGUGGAGGAAUCUCUCUUGGAAGAUAAUGAAACUCUAGAAAGUCUUCCUCAAGCGUCUGAACAGCCUGACCAAUCAGCGCGGCGUAAAGUCAGGUCUGAACCUAGGGUUACUGAAAUCCGUGACUUCAAUCUCCUCUUCAUCCCACCGAGAAUUGAUCUGUACGCACUGAUGCUGGACUUUGUGGUGCCUCGCUUGCCGGAUGGAUAUGGUGUGAAGAUUGAAAAUGCUCCUGGAGAGAGGAAAGGCAGUCUUAUGAAGUAUGCCAUCCAGGAGAGUGCUGUGAAAGAGGCUCGGAGGAAGCAAUCCACAGCUAUCAAUUCAGUCAUCCAUCAAACAAAUUCUCCACGAUCACUUCAUCCCAAAGUGCGUCUUCGCGGGACACUGAAGAUUCUCACCAGGAAAUCCUCACAAGAUAUCACCAGUUCAUCCCAAUCGUCUUCUUCAACUCCAUCGCCAUCCACAGAUGAAGACGAAGAAGUGAAAUGUGCACAGAAGUUCAGAAGAUGCAGUGUCUCACUGGGCUCAAGUGGUAAAUACAUGCUCUCGCAGUUCAUCAGAGACUUGGAUCAACUCAUUGAUCUACAAACUCCUCAAUUGACUGUCAAGAUAGAUGAGAUUGCAUCGAACCUAUCUUCUCCACAAGAGGCAGAAAUUCCCGAAGUUACCCGCAAACCCUCAAGUGUGAGUCUGUUGCGUGAGGAUCGAGAUCUAUUGCGAGAUCCUCGCUUUCUCUCCGCCUCGUUCAAGCGCGAAGACACCCCUGAAAAGGACGUGGAGAUCAUUGAGGAAGAGGAGUCAGAAAGUGACUCAAAUGAAGAAGACACGCAGGGAAAGGCAUCCUCUUAUCCACCAGAUAAAUCUCUCUCCAAGUGGAGUACUCGAGAUGUCCACGAUGUGAAAUUCAAUGAGGAUAAGCUCACCAUACAAUUUCGCACUGGUCGUCUAGGAUGCUUUGGAUUUGCCGCCAAUCGAUACAGCAAUCUUCCUUAUCAAACAUGGGAAUUGAAGCCAGACUUCAAGAUCCCAAAUGCUGUGACAUUCACUCUCACCGCCGCAGUUGUGAGCAUCGAUAUGACAAUUCUAGAGGAUGGAGUGCGACUCAAUUCCCUCCAAGGAUGCUCAAGCACACCUCUAGCACAUGUUUUGGGAGCUGUGUUUCCUCUCAGUGAAUUGAAAGUGAUCAUGAAAAGCACAGCCAUCGAUCUCUUUCCAGAAUCUGAUGCUUUUUGCUAUACUGAAGGAUCUUGCGAGAAGAAUUCCGUGAUGGAGACUCAUCUAUACGAUUGCAUGGGCGCCUUGGCGCUCACGCACAAUUUCUCUUGGUCACGAUGGAAUCUUUUAUCAGGCAGUCGUUCAGCCGUUCUUCUAAUGCGAGAAGUUAUUGAGCACAGAAAGCCGCCCAAUCAAUCAACCUUGCUCGUGACUCCACUUAAGACAAUCGUGGUGGAUUGCACAGAAGUAUCAGCUUCCUUCAGCACUGCUGGUGUUCCUGGAAUGCAAUAUUACGCAGAUUUGCAUCACCUGGCCAGAGAACAUUCACAACCAGUGUCGCGGGAGAAACAGAGGAACAUGAAUCACCUGCUGCGGGAUAACGUUGUGCAAGUCUUAAAGUCCAGCAGACCGCUAAUUGCUGAAGAAAAUCUUGGCACUGCUCAAGUUGUAGUAGAGCAAAUCAAACUCUUCCCGGAACCAGUGCAGCGAAUUGAAGUCGUCAAUCUGAUCGAGAAGCUUCAGAAUAUACGCCAGUCCCAUGACGAAUCCAUCAUCUGUGAACAAGGCAUCUUGUCUGUUCUUCUUUCCCAUGCGAUCCUUCAUGCUAAGCAUGUGUUCAACGAAGUUGAUCCAGCUGAUGUGCAUGUAGCCGAUAAAAGACCCUCGCUUGUGGCCAAUUCACUCAGUGUCAGACUAUCUCGCUCCUCACCAGUUGGCAGGAAAGCGCUGGCCAUUGAACAAAUUCGAGUGGAAAUCCAAUCUCAAUCCCGUUUCAAUUUGGGCGCACAGUCGAUUGAUCACUUCUCCUGUGAAGGAUUUCAUUACAGCCUCUGUGAAUUGCUCCUGGCAUGUGAAUUCUAUCGUCUGCACUUCGUCCACUGCUCCUGCACACUUGUCCACACCGUCAAAUGUGGCCAAAAUUCUCUGAUGAUCCACACCAUAGUCAAAAUACUGCUUCAAAUAACUUCGAAACAGCGACUGAUGCCAGAAGAGAAACGACGUGUCGCACACGCGAUCCAGAGUCUCCUGGAGAUCUACAAUGAUGGUCAAUCUGGCCAGGAUUCUCGCCAAUUUCUGCACAUACUCGAUAUUGAGGCUCGUCGCAUUGGCCUCAAACACACUCAGAGCAAUUUUCGCGAUGGUUAUUCGCGUCCUCGUGGCCGGCCCAUAGAGACACCGCUCAGUGAUUUGGAACGCCGCCAAGGAGUCCAAUGUCUUCUCAUUAUAGUUGUCACGGGAGAGAGUCUUUCUCGCUGCAUUCACCAAAUACACACCCUGAUACUCAAAGUGUUGAAUUAUACUAUUCACACUCUCAACAAUGAAGCUGCGGAGUUGCAGGAACACUUCUCUUAUGGCAAUGAGGAAUUCCAGAAGUUUACCAAUGCUCAUCAACGUGGAUUUCUGCAUUGGCAGCUGUACAAUCACAUGCAGAUUUGUCACACACUUUAUCAAAUGGCUCAUUUGACCAGCCAAUCUCACACCAGCCGUAAAGAGAUUGGCUCUGGAGCUGAGAAAAAUUUGUCUAACUUUACCAGCAUCACUGACAAAUUUCUCCUGACCCUUCAAGAGAGUGGCUGCGUGCCUUCUAAUGAAUACUUCGGGACACCACACGAUAUUGCUGAUGAGAGUGAUGCCACAGAACUUGUUGCUAAUCUCCAACAACUGUUUGAAGCACUUCUGAUCGAGAUUACCGAAGAAAGUCGCUGCAGCGCACUAUCCACGAGCCUUCCCUGGAACAAUUCAUCCAAUUCCCCAAUCAUCUGCAUCAAUCCAUUCAUGUCAGUCGCUGAGAACUCCUUGAAUUGCUGGGCAUUCACACAAACGGUCGUCAUUUGCUUCUUGUACGGCCCCCAGAACUGCUUUAGGCGCAAUCCGGCAAAGAUCUCAUCGAAGAUAUUGGCGCUUCCUCAGUUUAGGAUGUCAAACGCCAACGUGAGCAUAAAACUCGAGGGGAGUGAAAUUCAGUCGUAUCUGGAGUCUUUUAACAAGGAGAUUGACUCUACAGCCGGACCUUCGUCUGUGCCUGUCUCGGAGACAGAAACAAUCACCAUUAUUCGCGGAGAAGAGGCUGAAUCUGGCGGGGAAGAUGAAGACGACACCGGGACAUACUUCAUAGACUCCUCCGGGAAUUACUACUAUCAAGCCACAAAGGAGUCCGAGCCAGUAUUGACAUCGCCACCUGAUUUCCUGACUGAUGACGAGGAGAAGGAGAAAGGCGGCAAGCAAAAGGACGCUUCUGGGAACCCAGACUAUGUAAUUAUGCCCUCAGAUGGGAAUUCUGGAGAGGUUAGUUACGUGCUCAUCAUGAACGGCCAAGAGGGGAAGAACCAAGCCUCUACUGGAGCAUCAGGUGAGGGUGAUUCUGGUGAGAAUGUCGAGGAGGAUGAUGAAUUUGAGGCGGGCGAGGACGGAAAUGUGUAUGACUUCGAGGAAGACCCAGACAAGCUGAUCGGAAUGUCGGACACUGAAGAUGACAAGCAGAAGGUGAUGAAGAUCAUCUCGAAGAAUCAAAUGCAAACAGUGUCACAUCUCUGCAACUAUUGCAACUACACCAGCACCAAGCGAUACCUUCUCUCACGCCACAUGAAGUCCCAUUCGGAUGAGCGUCCGCACAAGUGCAGUGUCUGCGAGCGCGGCUUCAAAACUGUUGCCUCGCUGCACAAUCACGUGAACACGCACACGGGCACGAAACCACAUCACUGCAAAUUCUGUAUGAGCUCUUUCACCACGUCCGGCGAGCUGGUGCGUCACGUGCGUUAUCGCCACACUCACGAGAAGCCUCACAAGUGCUCAGAGUGCGACUACGCCAGUGUGGAAUUGAGCAAGCUGAAGCGUCACAUACGAUGCCACACAGGAGAGCGCCCUUAUCAGUGUCCUCACUGCACUUAUGCCUCCCCGGACACGUUCAAGCUGAAGCGUCACUUGCGUAUUCACACUGGCGAGAAGCCCUAUGAGUGUGACGUGUGCAAUGCCAAAUUCACACAGAGCAACUCUCUGAAGGCGCACAAGCUGAUCCACAAUGUGGGCGACAAGCCGGUGUUCCAGUGUGAACUCUGUCCCACAACUUGUGGCCGGAAGACAGAUCUCAGGAUUCACAUUCAGAAGCUUCACACAUCCGACAAGCCGCUCAAGUGCAAGCGAUGCGAUGGACUCUUCCCGGAUAGAUACACGUACAAGAUCCACACGAAGACGCACGAGGGAGAGAAGUGCUACAAGUGUGAUCUCUGCCCCUAUGCCAGCAUCUCGGCUCGUCAUUUAGAGUCUCAUAUGCUGAUCCACACGGAUCAGAAGCCCUAUCAAUGCGAACAGUGCGAGCAAUCGUUCAGGCAGAAGCAAUUGCUUAAGCGACACAUAAAUCUCUACCACAAUCCGGAUUACGUGCCGCCAGUGCCGAAGCCAAAGGGUCAUCACUGUCCGCACUGCAAUAGGAGCUUCAGGCACAAAGGAAAUCUCAUUCGCCACUUGGCUCUACAUGAUCCCGAGUCAUCGGUACAUGAGGACGCUCAGGCGCUCAAGUUGGGCAGGAAGAAGCGCAUCUUGUAUCCGGAUGGCGGCGAGUUUAAGAGCGAACAGAUGGACACUGAUGAGGAGGAGGAACUGGAGGAUGAGGAGGAUGAAAUUGAGCAGGAUGAGCUGAUUGAAGAGGCCGAAGAGACUGGCGGCGAGGAUCAAAAGGAGACGCUAAUGGUGGAGGGUGAAGAUGAUAAUCAGUAUGUGGUGCUGGAAGUCAUUCAGAUGCCCGAAGAGGAUGAAGAGGGCCAAGGUUCCAGGCUCAAUGAGGAGUUUCUUCUCUCUGACCAUAUCGAGGAGGAAGUACUUCAGGGCAUUAGUGAUCCCAACAAGAAGCUUACGUUGAAGACGGAGGACGAUGAGGAAGAUAAGGAUAUGAAGGAUUGCUUUGGAUUUGAUGAGGUAGAAGAGGAGACAGUCGUGAGAAAUGUCCCUGCGCGAAAAUCCAAGAGAAUUAGUAAUAUCGCUAAGGAGUAAAGAUAUGCUCUCCUAUUUUAUGUUAUAAUAAGAAAAAAAUAAUUUUAAAUUCUGAUAACAUAAUAAAGCUAUCAAUGUCACAUUUCUCUAAGAUACAGAGUUAUCAAUCUAUAGGGAAAUUUAUAACUAAAUAAUUGUAGAAAGGAAUCAGUUCGAGAUAAUAAAGAAUUUCAGUAAUAAAAA